AUGAAACAAAAAAAUAACUUAACUGCAGUCAAUCCACAAUGCAAUGCUAUAACAAGUUGUUUCUCUGAUCUUGUCAUUUCUGAAGCCAUUUAUGAUGUGCUUAUUGAAUUUCUUCAGAAUGUUUCAAAUGUGACAGAAAAUAACCAAGUUAUCAAUCUGGUGCAAGGAAAAUUUUUUCUCAGCCGGAAAUCAAAACUUUAUAUCCGACCCUGCUGGCAUCAACUUCUUCAACUUGUGUUGAAUUGUGAAAGUCCUCGUGUCUAUAUUGGUGGAACUCCUGGUUGUAGCAAAACAUGCUUUGGUGAUUUUCUUAUUACUGAAUUGAUCAAGAGAAAUCAUACAGUUGUCAUUCAAACUGUUCGUAAUCCAGAUACCCUAUACAUUUGUCAAAAUGGAAAAGCUACCCAAGCUGGAAAAUCUGCCUCAAUAAGAGAAUUGGAAAAUUUGGACAAUUGGUACAUCUGUGAUGGAGUAAAACCAUGUUAUGCAAGAGCAAGAUCAGUUCUAAUUUCUUCCCCUAGGGAGAGUAUCAGAAAAGAAUUUAUGAAAUGGGAUGAUAAUGAUAGGAAAGAUUUGCCAAGCUUACCUGAAUGUUUCUAUAUGCCAACAUGGUCUAUUGAUGAAUUAAUGGACUGUUGUGAACGAUGUUAUCCUAAUAUAAGCAUAGACAAUCUUCGUUCAUUAUUUACAAAAUGGGGAGGUAUUCCUCGAUUUAUCUUUGCAGUUAAUGGGUCAGAUGAUGCAUUUAAUAAAGCAAUCUCCCGAACAAAUUGGCAGUUGGUAGUGGACUAUGCUGGCAAAACUGAUUGUCCUUUGGAAAUUACCCACAAAGUUGUGCACCUUUCUGUCUCAGAUGAUUUAAAACAAUACUAUGUCAUUUUUGCUUCACCAUAUGUUUCUCAGUUGAUCAUGGCUCAACUGUCAAAACAGGAAAGAAGGAAGGUAUUACAAUGGCUUGGCACAUCAGCAGGAUCACAAGUGCAAGCAUCUUUUCGAGGUUAUGUUUUUGAAGGUGUGGUUCAUAAUGAGCUAAACAAACAAAAAGUAUACUAUGUUCCAUAUGCCAAAAAUUUUGCAGCUAUUGAUUCAAUUCAAUUAUUCAAUAAUGGUCCUGACCAUUUGUACCAGUCCACUGUAUCUAAUCAUCACAAUGUGAAGAACUCUGUUGGCUCUGUCAUUCGCCUCAACAAACAAAUAGAUUUCUAUUUUGUUGUACCAAAGGAUGUCUUUCCACGUUUCAAGUAUAAUCAGAAAUUUCUUAAUGGAGAAGGUAAACCAUAUCGCAACCAACCUGAGUGGAUGCGCAACAUUACACAAUUUGCCCUAGAGAUAGAUUGGGAUGCAUAUAUUGCUUUGGGUGAAAAUGAUGAAUAG